AUGGAUCGGAGUUGGAUAAAUUUGAUACGUACAACAAAUGAAUAUGAGAGUGGAGUAGAACAAUUUCUUGAAUUUGCAAAGAUGAAUGUUCCAGACAAUAACGGAAGAUUCUAUUGUUCGUGUGUUAAUUGUUUGAAUGAGCGAAAACUACCAACUGAAGUUAUUCGAGAGCAUGUUCUAUGUGAUGGAUUCCUAAAGAGCUACACAAAGUGGACAUGGCAUGGUGAGUUAAUAGACAUGCCAAGUGUAAGUGACUCUCAAGUAAAAGUAGAAGAAGUUGAUUUAGAGAUGGGUGAUCGGUUAGAGGACAUGAUAUGUGAUGUCGGACAUGAUUCCUUCCAACGUGCUCAUAUGUAUGACAACUUGUGCAGUGACGCAGAAAAACCUUUAUAUCCAGAAUGCACUAAGUUUACUCGAUUGUCAGUUGUGUUAAAAUUGUUCAAUGUGAAAGCAAGAAAUGGGUGGACUGAUAAAAGCUUCACAGAGCUGCUUGAGUUGUUGAGUGACAUGCUUCCUAAAGGUAACACAUUGCCAACACGCAAUUAUGAUGCGAAGAAGAUAUUGUGUCCCAUGGGUAUGGAGAAGGGUCCUCCUGCAAAAGUCUUGUGGUAUCUUCCUCUUGUUCCACGAUUGAAACGCUUGUUCAGUAACUCAAAUGAUGCAAAACUCAUGAGAUGGCAUGCAGAUGGACGUAUAAAAGAUGGGAAUUUGAGGCAUCCAGCAGAUGCAAUGCAGUGGAAGAAUUUUGAUUCCAUGUUCCCUAAUUUCUGUGAAGAUUCAAGAAACAUUAGGUUUGGACUUGCUACAGAUGGAAUGAAUCCAUAUGGAAACUUGAGCAGUAAACAUAGCUCGUGGCCAGUGAUGUUAGUGAUUUACAAUUUACCUCCAUGGUUGUGUAUGAAACGCAAAUAUGUGAUGUUAUCCUUGAUGAUAUCGGGUCCAAGACAACCAAGAAACGACAUUGAUGUUUAUUUAGCCCCAUUAGUUGAAGAUUUAAAGAUGUUAUGGGAGGAAGGUGUUGAUAUGUUUGAUGGAUACACUGGUGAUUCAUUCAAGUUGCAUGCCAUGGUAUUUUGUACUAUCAACCACUUUCCAGCUUAUGGUAAUUUAAGUGGCUAUAACACUAAGGGUCAUAAAGCAUGCCCUAUAUGUGAAGAAGACACAUGUCAUCGUCAAUUACAACAUGGAAGGAAAACAGUAUACCUUGGACAUCGAAGGUUUCUUAGUACAAACCAUCCAUAUCGUAAAUUAAAGAAAGCAUUUGAUGGGUGUCAAGAAAAUGAAUUAGCUCCAAUGGAUUUAAGUGGAUCACAAGUAUAUGAGCGUGUGAAGGACAUUGGUGUUGUUCUUGGAAAGACACAAAAAAAAGGCACUUCAAGCAACAUAUGGAAGAAAAGGUCAAUUUUAUUUGAUCUCCCAUAUUGGAGGGUGCUUGAUGUCAGACAUUGUUUAGAUGUUAUGCAUGUAGAGAAAAAUGUUUGUGAUAGUAUCAUCGGAACGCUCCUCAAUAUUCAAGGGAAAAUGAAAGAUGGACUCAAUGCUCGCUUGGACCUGGUUGAAAUAGGUGUGAAAGUUCCACUGGGUUACUCUUCUAAUUUUAAACGAGUUGUAUCCAUGAAAGAUCAUAAAUUACUUGGGUUAAAAUCUCAUGAUUGUCAUGUAUUGAUGCAACAACUACUACCAGUGGCUAUACGGGGCAUAUUGCCUAAGAAUGUUAGAUACACAUUAACAAGAUUGUGCUUCUUUUUCAAUGCAAUAUGUAGUAAAGUUAUUGACAUUGAGAAGUUGGAUCAACUAGAAAAUGAGGUUGUGGUCAUAUUGUGUCAGUUGGAGAUGUACUUUCCUCCAUCAUUCUUUGAUAUUAUGGUGCACUUAAUUAUUCAUCUAGUAAGAGAAGUUAGAAUUUGUGGUCUAGUAUUAUUACGAUGGAUGUACCCUAUUGAGCGAUACAUGAAGAUAUUAAAAGGUUAUGUAAAGAACCAAUAUCGUCCUGAAGCAUCAAUAGUUGAAAGAUAUAUUGCUGAGGAAGCUAUCGAGUUUUGUACAGACUACUUAUCAGAUGUUGAAGCUAUAGGGGUACCUAGGUCUCGUUACCAUGGAAGAGGUGUUGGUAAGGGUACUAGAAGUGCAAAAGUUGUCACCCUGAAUAGAGCUGAAAUUCUACGAGCACAUAUGUAUAUAUUGAAUAACACUGAAGAAGUCAUCCCCUACUUAAGUGCUCAUAAAGAUAUAGUUAAGAGAAAUAAUCCACGAAUGCCUCAAAAGUGGGUCAUUAAUGAACACAACAGAACCUUUUUAAAGUGGUUUAAACAACAAGUUCAAGCUGACCAUACAACUUCUGAUACAUUAAAUUGGCUAUCAAGUGAGCCAAACUUUGAUGUCAUAUGUUGGUGUGGGUAUGAUAUAAAUAACUACACAUUUCAUACACAAAAAGAAGAUGAAAAAAGCACCACUCAAAAUAGUGGAGUAAUGGUUGUGGCCGAGUCAAUGCAUUUCUCGAGUUCAAAGGACAAAAAUCUUGUGAUGGCAUCCAUGUGCUACUUUGGUGUAAUUAAAGAUAUUUGGGUGAUAGAUUACACAAGUUUUAGAGUACCUGUUUUUAAAUGUAAGUGGGUUGAUGGUCGUGAGGACAGAUGA